UUGUACAGACACGGAUCAGUUUGUUUUCUUUGCCUGUUUUCAUUGCCAAGUUAACCACAGACGCGAAUUCAGCUGCUCUACUUCGUCUCAUCGACAGGUUGACACAGAAAAUCGGUCAUGCCUGACAAACGGCCAGCGCACCAUCUCCCUUUCAUAUCAUGACGUGGGAUGUGCUGUCCGAGCGGCGAGAUCAGUUCGUGCUGGACCGUCAGUAAAACGCCAGCUUGUAUUUUGGUAGUGUUCAUUUCAAAGGCUUUAAACUGGAGAGUACCGGUGAAAAGAAUACUCUUGGAGAUGUUUCUUCUUCCCCAAAGAUCACUUAUGAGAAGUUUACUUCAUACAGCAAAACAAAAACCUUGAAAACUAUGGAGAUUUCCUAUUCAGGGACUGACACCGAAAAGGUCGUAAAAAUGGAGGGGCCUUCGCGGCGUAGGUUGCCCUUGCUCCUUACCCUGGACAACUUUGACUGCGCCGAGGCUCGAGACUCUCCUUACGUCCUAACGAGUCCAAGGUCACUGGAAGCCUGCAAAGUCUUGGGAAUUAAGCCCGUUGAACUGCUUUACCAAAGUUUGGAGGAAGUGAGGCAGAAACUGGGCGAAUCCGCGAGUCUCGACAGAGUGAUCAGUGUGUACCAAAACCUGGAGCGAGAGCGGCGAAGCAAAAUCGAGGCUUGCAAGGCAGUACGCGAUCAUCUUUCGCUGAGCACCACGGCGGAUAUAAAGGAGAACCAGAACCCGUCGCCGAAGAGCAGAAAAGAGCAGAUUGAGCGAGACAACAACAAUGUGGCGAGACACGACAAAGCGCUGAGAUCCUUGGAGAAUAACAGCGAGGAGACAAGUGGAGAGUCUUCUGCUGUCAAGUCUACGACUCCGUCCAAGCAAGGCAUCAAAGCGCACGGCUCUCCAAACUCGAGGAAGAGCCCAACGUCAAGUGCGCUGAAGAAAGGCUCUUUUCUGAUCAAGAGUCCCAGCCCCAUUUUAAAAAAUAUCUCGCCGUCUUCGUCCCGAAAAUCCAGUCCAACCCAAAUUCCAGCACCGACUUUCAAAGUCUCUGCAACCCCACGGAGGAGGAGCAUUGCCAAAACCAGGCCAAGGACAGUUCCAAACAGAACAUGCGCCCAAAGCCCCCCUUUGAGGAAGUCCUCGUUUGGAUUUCCUUAUUCAGCUGGUAAAAAUCGCGUCACACGAUUUUCUCCAGACUGCGGAAGACCAAAGUCCAGCACAAGCUACAGUUCGUCCUUGAGUGGAAGCCACAAGCAUUACCCUAGCAGACGGCUUAUAAACAGUGCCACCACUACAAGGAGCUCGUGUCUCUCCCCUUUCAAGUCUGCAAGAUCUUCAUCCAAAUGGACCAGUGGUUCGGAUCUGACAUCAUGCCGCAAAAGUCUGUUUGGUGAAAUCAAAUCACAGUUAAACUUAGCAUCAGCCACAAUCCCUGAGCAUGACCGGAGGAUUUUGGAUUCUAUGGUGCUCAAGAGGGAGCAGGAAAUCGCGGCAAAGCAGCUAGCGUUUGAGUCUCACCAGGCGUGGGAAGAGGCGCGAGAGGAGCGGAACAAGGAAAAGGAGAAGCAGGCUUGUGUCUACAGAGACUACUUGAACAAAAAGAGGCGCCUUGAAAAUGAAAUGAGUGAAAGAAAAAUGGCUUUGCUGAAGAAAGAGGAGCAAGAGGCAAAAAUGCGCCUCCAGCAGAGUUUGGCAGAGAAGGAAAUGAGGGCGGCGGCGAAUCUAAAGGCCGUUGCUGUUAGCAAGUCUCAUGGGCAAGGCGACAAAGCUGAUGCAAUUGAGCAGCAGAGGGCUGCUGUAGCCUCUGCAAGAGAGCAGAUCCAGGAGCAGAUGGAGCAGUGGAGACAAGGAGUUGGCCGAAGACAGGUCGAAAAGCUGAACCGGGCACAUGAGGCUAGAGAAAGAAGUGCUGAACACAUUAGAAGGAGAGUUGCCAGUGCAAAUAGAGUUGAGGAAAUGCGCCGUGCCGAGCGAAAAAAGCUGAUGGAGGAGGAGAGAAACCAAGCCUUGGCAGCCAUGAGGGCCAAGUGCGAGGAAAAGCUGAAGAGAGCUGAGACGAGGCUGAGCACGAUUUCCGUGGAUAAAGAGAGAAAUCUCAAAGGCCAGAGUGAGGCCAGGACAGUGAAAUUUGAGAGCGCUCGAAGGAUGCACGCGGAACUUGAGCAGGGUUUGCAGCAGUGGCGUCAGCACUGUCGACAGCUGCAGACAAAGGCGGCUGAAGACGCGGCGAAAAGAGCCACACAGCAGUAUUUGGAGAAGAAGAGGAAAGCUGAGAGUGCCAACAAGGCAAAGGAGGAGCACCACACGAUAGUCAUGAGCAGAAUAUCUGCAAACCAGAACGCGUUACUCGAGGCGCGGCGCAGUGCCCUCUUGGCCAAGGAAGACAAGAUGCGGCGUCUGCAGCUCCUCAGAGAGAGUUCUGUCCACGAAUCGAGAAGCACGGCCCAAAGCACCGCCCUCCUGAGGGACUCGGUCCGAAGGACUCUGACCCCAGACACUUUUGACAAGCUGGUGGCUCGCACUGCUCUGGAGACGAGAGUGACUGCGAGCAGGUCUAGUACCAUCAGCUCACUGCCAACUUCAUCUUCCAAGUCCCACAUUUUGCUGGGCUAGGUUUAAACCGAAAUGCAAACGCUAGAGAAAUUACUCUCAUGCAUAUAUUUGUCGUGAUGUGAUUUUCACCGUGCUUUUGUCUGUGCUGCGUGACACUCAUAAUGUAGAAUAGGUAUGUAACUUGUAAAUGAAAGGGUAAGCAAAUUUUGUACAAAACAAUUUAUUUAUUAAAACACCAUAGUUGGACA